GACGACGAGAAACUGGAUCUCAUUAACAAUACCAUUCUGCCCGAGGCUGUGCACUUUUGGGAACGAGCGUUGAUGGUGCGAGAGACCAAGAGUACCAUUAGAUUAAGCAGGAAAUGCGAGAGCAGUCAAGUUUUCGUCAAGGACCACCACACACACUGUAUAGACACUUGCCGUCCUGUUACCAUGUGCGGUGAGGUAGUCGUCCCGGAGGACCAUCUCGACGUCUGCAGAACGUGUAACGCGACCGGACACAAUUGCGGGGUGGCCGAGGGGAGUAAAGCGGGUCCGGGGAUCGACGGAGCUGAUUUCGUCUUUUACGUAUCCGCCAUGCAAACCGAGAGAUGUCAUAAGGGUUUAACGGUGGCGUACGCCGCUCAUUGCCAGCAGGAAGCCGCUUUGGAUCGGCCGAUAGCCGGUCAUGCCAACCUGUGCCCGGGAAGCAUCAGCACGAAACCGCAGGAGUUGGAAACGUUGCUGAGCACCGUUAAACACGAGAUCCUGCACGCUUUGGGAUUUUCCGUGAGCCUGUACGCUUUCUACAGGGAUGAGAAAGGCGAGCCCAGGACGCCCCGAAGAAGCGAUACCGGAAAACCACCUCUUAAUGAAAAGUUACAAACGCACCAGUGGAGCGAGAACACGAUCAAAACCGUGGUCAGACCACGCUGGCAAGUGCACGGCGGCUACGUGGAGAGGACCAUGCAAAUGAUAGUCACGCCUCGAGUACGCGCCGAGGUUCAAGCGCACUUCAAUUGUCCGGAACUCGAGGGCGCGGAACUGGAAGACCAGGGCGAGGACGGGACGGCGCUCACGCAUUGGGAGAAGCGCGUGUUCGAGAACGAGGCUAUGACGGGGACGCACACGCAAAAUCCAGUUUACUCGAGGAUAACGCUCGCACUCAUGGAGGACACCGGUUGGUAUAGCGCCAACUACUCGAUGGCGCAGGAGUUGGGAUGGGGAAAAAAUCUGGGAUGCAAUUUCGCCAUGAAGUCCUGCAAGGACUGGAUAUCAUCCAAGACAUCCUUGCUGUCAAGCAAGUCGAUACAUCCAUUUUGCAACAAGGUAAAGCAGGACCCGUUGCAGACCGAGUGCACGGACGAUCGCAGUUCGGUUGCUUUGUGCAAUCUGGUGAAACAUCCCCAACCUUUGCCGAAAAAGUAUCAGAACUUUGACUCAAUUCCCCACGUAACACCGGGGGAGGAACAAUAUUACGGCGGGUCGGUAUCUCUGGCGGAUUACUGUCCUUAUAUACAGGAAUUCACGUGGAGAGCGCGGAAUAUAGUGGUCAGGGGUUCUCACUGUCUGUACGAGGAGAAUAAUCCGCAUCCGGACAAGAAUUUCGCGUUGGAGAAUUACGGACCUCAUUCCAAGUGUUUCGACCACACCAACGACAUGUGGGAGGAGAGAACUUGCAAACAAGCGCGACAGUGGCAGCAUUGGGGUUCCGGUUGUUAUUUGUACAAGUGCGAGGCCAACAGACUGCACAUUAUUGUCGGCAACUACACUUAUACUUGUUACCACGCUGGACAAGAGAUUAUUAUAAGAAUUAUUCAGAACGGUUGGUUGCACAAAGGCGCGCUAAUUUGCCCUCCGUGCCGCGAUAUUUGCCAGGCGGAAUUCAAAGCAAAAGGUGUUGAGUGCAAAAAAGGCGACGAGCAUCCACCUUCCACAUUUUAUCACAAAGACUAUCUCCACUGCGCGUCCGCGGAUAGUCUCGGUCUGAGUACGUCAACGCUUAUUACCGCAGUCUUAUUUCUCAUCGUCAGAUGAUACGCCGUUUGUUUUAGUUAAUGUUCUAGAGUUGUUCAAUAUCUCUAGAUCUGUAGGCAGCACUUAUCGACUCACGGUUCAUAUCUCGGCAGUGAGAUUUUCAGUCCGGUCUGAAAAUACUUCGUUUCUCUGCGAUUUGUCGGGCUUGAUGUCGUCGCAUUACAAAAACAAAAACAAAACAAAAAAACAAAAAAAAAAAAAGAAAACGUUAAUAAUAUCGUGAUGACAAUCGUGAUUGUGCUUGUUAUCGAAACGAGGAAUUGGUCAAACUGUCUGAAAACCCAACAAUAAUUAUUGACUAGUUUUCACACAUGUUGCGGCGCGCGCGAUAAAUUCACGAUUCGAUUUCAACAAUUUAUGGUGAUAACAUGACGAGGCAUUUUUCGGUGCCAAUGUGUUAUAUAUGCUUCCCUGAGCUGGUUAUUCAUCUUUGCCAACUUGCUGGUUUUAUUAUUACCGUAUACGUUUUCAUUACGAUAAAAAUUCAUACACACAUAAUGCAUAAUUUUUGUCAUUACACGUUGCGCGAAGAAGAAAUAUUGUUCUAAAAAAAAAA